AUGUGGAUGAUGCAGGUGGCCGACGUCCCAAGAAAUGCUCCGUUCUCGAUCGACGAAGGCUCUCAAAAUGUAAUCAAGUACCGAAAGGCACCGAAGCGCCGGGACCGCUUGCCCUUAUUCCUGAACGACUCUCAGCUUGUCACCGCUCCAUGCUCCACUCCAGCAGCCUAUGAUAUCCAAGACGGGAAAGUGAAUAUGGGGCGGCAAGAGGCCUGA